UGUAGAAACACUGCAUGCUUAUUGUUCAGCGCACAAACGCCGUUGUCCGACUCGCCACAAAGACGGACACAUGGCAUGCAUAAUAUAGGCUGAAGGAGUGAGUGAGUGAGCGACUGACUGAGAGAGUCAGCGAGCGACUCGUUUUAGGAAUAUGAGCAUGCCUUGCCUCUUGUUGUCACGCAGCGACAGAGAGCCCAUGAACUCAGCAGUCACCUGCCCAAGACUGCUAUGAUCUGAUGAAGCAUCAAAGAAGGUAUACAGAGAAGUGGCACGUAGGAAUGCGACCGACUGAUGGACGACCAGCUGCAGCGGGCUAGGCGGCCUCUCCGGCUUGCAGAGGGCCCAAGAGUCGUGGCCAGUGGCACUGGAGGAGCAGAUGAGUGCCUCUUGAACGCACUCGUACGCCGAGCCGCCGCUGACACUCCGACUCAGCAGAUGCAACAGCCACUGCCCCAGAGCAUGAGGGGUGUCAUACAGCUGGCUGGCGUCACAGUUGUCCACGAUAGCCUGCUCCACAGCCCCGGUCUUAUCGAUCAGAUCCAUCGAUCGACGCACGCACAACAAAUGAACGAACAAACAGACAGACAAGCGAAGAGGGAGGGAGGAGUAACCGACCGACCGACACAGUGAAGCAAGCAACACCGGAGGGGCUUCCCUUCCUCCCCUGCUCACCAUCUGCUGGAUGCUGACCGAUGCACCCUUUAUCAAUGUGUCGUUGACGAUCAGCUCGUCUCGUGUCUGCACUCAGAAUUCACACGAUGACCAGCUGCCUGGCGCCAGCGCCCUGCACGCGUGUAUGUGUGUAUGACUCUCUUCCCCUCCCUCGUGCUGCCCUCGUCGGUAUGCGUACCAUGUCUUUGCUCUGCAGGCACACACCAAACGGCACCCAGACAGACACAUCAUGCUUGAAGAACCCGCUCAGCAGUGAGGUCCGUCCGGUGAAGUCUGAGUUAGCUGACCAGCUGCUUGAUGCUGAUGGGUGGGGCGGUGGACGAGUCAAAGUCCAUGCAGACUGUGGGCAGCAGAUCGAACCUGGUCGCCCACGUGGCGGCGUCAGGAGCGCGUGAGGGCAGCACCAGCGAGGCCACUUGAACUGCAUCGGCUGGCAAUGAGGGCAGCUCCAGCGGAUUGCACCUUGCGCGCCGAAGAAAGAACAGAUCAGCAUGGGGGUCCACACCUACUACGCCAGACGCUGCAGUGCUGGUAGUGCUGUUUUGUCGGGCGACGGAAACAAGUCCUGCGGCCAGUUCAUGACGUAUGGCAGCAAUUCGAUGGAACGACGAGGCAGAAGCGGUCACAAGUUGUUGCAGUCUCGUGUACGCGUCCUGCAUCUCCACGCCAGGCGGUGAGGAAUGUCCGGCCUCGACGGCUUCGGGAAGCCCAUCCGCAUUCAGCAACACGAGAUCUGCCCUUACCGCCUUCGUUGUAAGGCUGCGCCACGCCAUUCACAAGAGAGCCCCAAUCGUUCCGUUCCAACAG